AUGAUGCAUUUAUUUUGCAAGUUGUUUUUAUUUUUUUUCUUUGUAUAUAUUUUAAAUAUAAAGUGUGUGGACGAAGUAGUAAAUAAUAAGAGCAAGCGAUUAAUUGACAUAUAUCACGCAGCUGUUAAAGAAUUAAUAGAAAAUGAGGAGUUGAUAGAUUUGUUAGAAAAACAUAAUGUAGAUUAUUCUGUAAUAGAAUCUUUAGAAAAUAUACCAGACCUUAAAGAUAUAAAUAUAAAUGAUGAUAUUGAUGAUGUAUUAAGUGAAAUAAUAAAAAGGAAGGAAGUUAAAGUAGGAGCUUUAAAAAAUAAAAAUUGGGGACUUAUAGGUAAUUAUGAAAUAAAUCCUCCUAUUGGUUUUUGGCCUGAUGUAAUGUAUAUAAUAUGGGAAGCGAUAUCAAAACAUAUUUUUAAUGAUGAAGAUGCUAUAACUGUUAAAUAUAAUUAUUAUGAUAAUGUUUUUGUAGCAUUAAAUAAUAAAAAUAUUCAUAUGACUGAUAAUUAUUUUCUUUUCAAUUCACGUCUUGUCGAUCAGUCUGGAAAUAAUUUAAAUAAACUAAUAAGUGGAUUACCUAUUAUAAAUCAUUCAAACAAAAUUAUGAUUUUAAAAGAAUAUAAUAUUAAUAACUUAGAACAACUAAAAUCAUAUAUUUCUAAAAAUGAAGGCUUGAAAAUUGGAUGCUUAACUGAAGCCAAUUGUAAUGCUUUAAAAAAUAUUUUCUUAGAUAAAGUUACUUAUGAUUAUAAAUCUUUUUCUUCUUAUAUCGAUUUGACUAAGAGUGUAUUAUCAAAAAAUCAUUUUAUUGGAGUCAUAUCAGGGAUCCCAUUUAAUUUUAAUGAGCAAAAAAUUAUUGUUUUUGAUUCCUUCCUAAAAACGGGCCACUCUGCAUACUUCAAGUAA